AUGACGUAUGAUACCCUGUCUAGCGAUGGGUUUAUAAAAGCUAUUGGUCCUGCUGAUGCUAUCCGAAGACAGUUUUCUGAAGAAACUUUCGAAGAAAGAAUUGACUGCUCUGGGAAAUGUAUCCUACCAGGUUUGGUGGAUGCACACACACAUCCGGUAUGGGCUGGGGAAAGAGUUCAUGAGUUUGCAAUGAAGUUGGCAGGGGCCACAUACAUGGAUAUUCACCAGGCUGGAGGAGGGAUCCACUUCACCGUGGAGUGCACACGCCAAGCCUCGGAGGAGGAGCUGUUCAUCUCCCUCCAGCAGCGGCGUUUGCCCGGCCUAUGGCGGCUGCAGUGCAUGGUGAGGGCUGGGACCACGCUGGUGGAGUGCAAGAGCGGAUACGGCCUCAACCUGGAGACCGAGCUCAAGAUGCUGCGUGUGAUCGAGCGCGCCCGGCGGGAACUGGACAUCGACAUCUCGGCCACUUACUGCGGGGCUCACUCAGUGCCCAAAGGAAAAACUGCUACUGAAGCUGCUGACGACAUCAUCAGUAACCACCUCCCAAAGCUGAAGGCGCUUUGCAGACACGGGGAGAUCCACGUGGACAAUAUAGAUGUGUUCUGUGAGGAGGGCGUCUUUGAUCUCGAUUCCACCAGAAGGAUUCUUCAAAGUGGAAAAGAGAUGGGGUUACGGAUUAACUUCCAUGGGGAUGAACUCCACCCAAUGAAGGCUGCUGAGCUUGGGGCAGAACUGGGAGCCCAGGCAAUCAGCCACCUGGAGGAAGUGAGUGACAAAGGCAUUGCUGCCAUGGCCAUGGCCAGGUGCUCUGCUGUCCUUCUGCCCACCACGGCCUACAUGCUGAGACUGAAGCAGCCUCGAGCCAGAAAGAUGUUGGAUGAAGGGGUAAUAGUUGCUCUGGGCAGUGAUUUCAACCCUAAUGCAUAUUGCUUUUCAAUGCCGAUGGUCAUGCAUCUGGCAUGUGUAAACAUGAGAAUGUCCAUGCCUGAGGCCUUGGCCGCUGCCACCAUCAAUGCAGCUUAUGCGCUGGGGAAAUCUCACACACAUGGAUCUUUGGAAGUUGGCAAACGGGGAGAUCUCAUUAUCAUCAAUGCAUCUAGAUGGGAGCAUUUGAUUUACCAGUUUGGAGGCCAUCACGAAUUAAUUGAAUAUGUUAUAGUUAAAGGAAAAGUUAUCUAUAAAAAAUGAUGGAUCUGAAAGGAAAGAGAGGCUCUUUGUAUGAAAUAAAUCAAUACGGUUAUAUUAAAAGUUAAAACACCUUAGUAGUUUACCAGAACUAUGUCACUUAAACCUAAAUAUAUUUCAAUAUCUUGUAAAUCCACUUGACAAAUCCAAGGGAUUGAUUUCUUUUAAUUUCACAUGUGUACCUGAACAUACAAACAGGUAGACCUAUUGUGGUGAUAAUCUCAAAACAUUAAAUAAUUUCACAAAUAUUGGUUACAAAUAUUCUGAGGAUUAACGUGAUGGGGUAGCACAAAAUGCCUUUAUGGAGAAAAGCAAACUUGGCUUGAAAUUUCCAUUUUGUUCCUGCAUUUCAAGUUUCAGUUUUUAAACAACAUUUAGUGAACAUUGGGGGAUAGAAGGAAAUCCAAGUGAUAUGCUCCAAAUUAGGCUAAAAUAUAGCCGCCUUUAAUAGGCAAAUAGUAUUUCCUACCCCCUCCCCGCCCCACACACAAUUUGUCUUUCUAGAUGUUCCUCAAAUGAAUUCUGGCAGUAAAGCUUCACAACAGAAUUCAAGACUCAUAAUUUUAUACAAAUACAGGGUUUAGUGGACUUCCUGUUCUGGAUGCAUUUUGACCAAAUCCAAUAAUGUAA